CCGUUGCCGCCUUCUGUUCAUUUCCACAAAUUCGCUUGUUUCUGUUCCAGAUUGCCUUGGAUUCCCUUUCUGCCGUCCUCUUCACUACACUUCCGGCGACCAUAUCUAGCAAGUUCCACCCAUCGCGAAUCGAGUUGGCGUAUCCGUACUUCCCUUCCUACCUAUGCGCCACACUUCGCCCACGAUGGAUUCAGCCCAGUCUUGCGACAAGGCUACCACCACCGCCUCCGAGCCCGCAACCAAACCUCUAGACUUCCUCGACCUUCCUCCCGAAACCCAAAAGGACAUCUUCAGCCAUUGCUGCCAAAGCGACCUGAUUUGCCUCUCCCUCGUCUCCAGACACUUUCGCGAACUCGCUGCCGCCCAGCUAUACCGCAACUUCCACAUCGUUUUCCCCGAUGAAGAUGACCCAUCCUUCGAUUCACCCAUCGACAGCCUGGCUGGUGGCCUCGACACCUUCGUAUCGAGCGAAUAUGACUAUGCCCAGCAUCUUCGGGAUAUCUCCCUCGACACCCUCAGUGCUGGCGACAAGGCCGAAGCUGCAUAUAAACCAUACUUGUACAGUGCCAGCUGCGGCAAGUUCAUGAACACGUUGUUGUUUCUGGCCCUCAAGAAUGCCAAGUCGCUCGAGACCUUCAGGUGGAACAUUCGGGUCGAGCUAAGCCGGCCUGUGUACAAGACGUUACACCACAUUGUGACGCUUAAGAAUCUCCAUAUUCGAAUGCAGGCGGGACCGUCCCUCUUCGAGACUCCUCCUCCACUACCGUAUUCGACGAAUCUGCCGCCGCCUACGUCGACUCAAGGUCAUUGGGACCCGUUGCCGGCCUUCUCCUCGAUUCCGCCCCCGCCUCCUCCCUUCGCAAGCAUGUCGUUGAACGUCCCGCCGCCGUACAACCCCUCUUCUCUCGGCUCUCACCCCCCAUUACCGCCGGCGUUGAAGCCGACACCCAGAAGUAGGCGCAGGAUGUCCGCCAAUGAACCCGCAACGCUGGGUGGAUUCCGGAAGCUGAAUUCUUUGGUUGUUCUCGAUAUCGAUACGCUGGAUACUAUUACGGAGAUCAAGUCAUGCGUGCGCAAUUCGGCGCCGACUUUAACGAAACUGAAACUGUCCUUCUCGACGUAUCUCGCUUUGCAAUCCCGGAAGCCGCCUCCAGACACCGAUCCCGACGAUUCCGACCAGGACGAUGAGUUCCAAGUCGUUCCUCUGCCAUCAGCGCCCGGUUGGGAUGAAGCGAGUGGGCCAGCAAGAGCAUUUCGCGCGCAAGAAGAGAGGAAGAGCCAGGAGUCGGUUUUGGGCAGGAUCUUGGACGUGGAGCCAUUCCUCGCGAAGAAGUCACAGCAUCGCAAGAGUCUGAAAGGGAAGGCAAAAGUCGAUGCCCCUGCUGACACACAUGAGGCUGGCUCACCUGCCGAAGCGUUCAUGAAUAGGUUGCGGGAGGUCUCGGGUAAACUGAUGGCAAGCAUGGCGGAGGGUGAUACAGAUGAUGGGUCAAAACAAGAGAUUCUAGAGAUGAUCGAGAAAGCCAGUCGGAAAUAUCUGGAAGCAGAGGAGGCGAAAGCGGCGACGGAGGCAGCGAAGAAGGAGAACGAUAGCACAGCGUCAGCUGAAGCGGGGCCUUACUCUGGCGCAGGAUCAUCGUCCGCCGCAACAACCAGCACUCAACCGGCUACAACUGUUGAGACCUCUGGUGCUUCUACUAUCAGUGGAGACACCAGCACCAAGGCCAAGACGACCCCGGCAGCCGAUUCUAACCCCGAGGAUAUCAACGUGGAAGAGCCCAUUGCUGCUGAUGAGGCUGAGGCAAUCGAGAGAGUUCAGGCUGUUGCUCCCCAGGCGAGUUCGUCAAACCAAGAACCCGUAUCACCUACCACGGUGCGAGCAAAGGCCGCGUUGGAAGCUCAAAAGGCGAACUUCGAAACGCUGGUCCUUCGUCUACAGCACCUGCUAUCCGAAGCCACAAGUCUCCAAGAGAAACUUGAGGAUUUGCGAAACACAACUAGCGCGUUUGACCGUGAUCACAUUCGAUAUGCCGAGAAUCAGUUGCAGGGCUUCUACCGCGAUAUCGAGAACGUUAGGUCCGAGUUGAAUGCGACCGAAGCCGAGAUUCGUGAAGUAGAGAAGCAGGUCAACGGCAUAGCCACGACAGCACAUGGCGAGGACGAGAGAAUCAGCGAGUAUAUCCGAUCUACCAGAGGUGUCGCCCUACGAUCCUUCAGUGUCCACCUCAUCCCAGUCAAGGCGUCCGUAUUCAAGGCAGCCAUCGACGUGCGAGUGCUGAAGAGGCUGACAUUGUUGAAUGUUGGCAACCAAGCUCCCAUUUGGACCAUGUUGAUCAAGGAAAACAAGGCGCAGCCGCUCCCCUUGCGCAAGAUCUUCACAGACAAUGUCUCUAUGUCUUUCCUGACGUUUGCAUCGCAACUGGAGCAGAUUACCGAGUUGUUCAUGCUCGAGCGGUCAUCAAAGUACAAGCCUGAGAGCUUCGCGCCCAAGACAAAUGUCGUCAUGGACCAGAUCCGCCGUCUUGUUCUCAAGAAGCAUAUGCCGACCCUAACUCGACUGAUGAUUAAAAAUGAUUCUCAAAUGAGCUGGGAUGUGGACGAGAAGGCCAUGCUGCUCAUUUGUAAUCGCGGGAAACAACUCGAAGAGCUUGCGGCCUCGCUGGGAAUUCGCGCCAUGCACACAUUCAUGCAGCAUCUCGGAGGGCUUGUAAACCUCCGAGCCUUGAACGUCAUCUCGUUCAGAAACGAUGACACCUGCGUUUGGGUGAUGCGCGAGACGCGGAAGUUCCUUGUCGAUAAUCUGAGCCAUCACCCCCACAUGAAGCUCGAAUGGAUCUCGAUCGACGAUGACCGGGUUGAGCGCAUCAUCCGCCCGCCACCGCAGACCCCGGCUGCCAAAGCUGAAGAGAAGAGGAACAAGAAGGGCAAGAGUAAGCCUGCUGGCUCUGCUUUUGGUGCUUUUGGCGGCCCAGGCACCUCCACUGGUUCAGGAGUCCCGGGUGGCUUCCCACCGCUGCCUAUGCCGGGUUGGGAGACGGAUAGCGAUAGUGACGACGAAGACACCGAUAUAGUUGCGAACACCAAGCUGGAAACCGUCGAAGGCGUCCACUUUUAUGAUGUUUGGGACGUCCGUAUCUUCAAGAAGGAAGUCAUGGCUGGAAGGCUAUAAAAGAAAGGUUUGGAAGUGUAGGCGGAAAAUCGUCAUGGAGUGGAGCAGAGGAAAUAGCGCUGUAAAAGGUUGUGGAAGAGCUGUGGGCUUGGAAAGAAUACCUAGCAGAUGAAACGGCGUUU